AUGGCAAACCAGGAUAGCAUUUGGGCGGCGGCGCACGACACAAGCCAUGAUCAUGAAGUCCUGCUGUCUCGCGAGCGGUCGCCCGGGGUGUGGGUGGUGACUCUGCACGAUCCCGAGACGCACAACACGCUGACUCCAACGAUGAUGGGCGCCAUCGCUCGCGAGCUCGAUCGGCUGAACAGUCUGGAAUCCGACGAGAUCAAAGUCAUCAUCUUGAACGCUACUGGCAAGUCGUUCUGCGCCGGCAUCGAUAUCAACGCCAUUCGUGACAAUCCCGGAUUCGCGGCUUACUGGGUUCGAGCAGUCGACCCAUACUACGCCGUCCAACAAUCGCGAGUGCCCAUUAUUGGAUGCGUGCAAGGUGCAGCACUAACGGGCGGUUUCGAGAUUGCAAUGAGCUGCGACAUUGUCCUUGCGUCAAAGGAGGCUGUCUUUCGCGAUAACCAUGCGAUGUGCAAGUUGCGGCCUCCCUUGGCUACCCGCCAGCACUGA